AUGUGGCACCGUGGGCAUGGAGGCAUGUGGCACCGUAUGGCAGGGAUAUGUGGCACCGUUGUGUGCAGGGAGCAUGUUGGCACCGUUGGGCAGGGAGGUAUGUGCAACCGUGUGGCAGUAGCAUGUGGCACCGAUGUAGGCAGGAGGGCAUGUGGCACCGUUGUGGCAAAGCUAAAGUGGCACGUGUGGGCAGGAGAUGUGGCACCGUGUGGGCAAGAGCUGUGGCACCGUGUGGGCAGGGAGGAUGUGGCAAGGUGGGCAGGGAGCAUGGGCUACGAUGUGGGCAGGAGGUAUGUGGCACGUGUGGCAGAGGCAUGUGCACCGCUGUGGCAGGAGCUAUUUUGGCACCGUGUGGGCAAGGAGCAUGAUGCACGUGUCAAUGGAGGAGGCAUGUGGCACCGUGAGGAGGAUUGGUCUGGAGAGGAUUGGCACGGUGGGCAGGGAAUGUGGCAUUGUGGCAAAUUCAACCGUGUGGCAGGAGGCAUGUGGCACCGUGUGGAGGAGGCAUGUGUGCACCGUUCAAGUAACAAUAUGCGGGUGCGACGCAAGUGUCAGCCUACAACUUUACGUGAACGUGUCACAUUUGUGCAUAUGUGGGUGGGUGGCAAGUCCCUCCGUGACAUUGCUCUAUCAUCCAGCGUCAGCGUGUCCACGGUGUUCAGGUGGAUACACCGCUGGCGGCAGGAAGGAAAUGUUAACACGCGACGGAGCAAACACAAACAUCUUAAAGAAAAUACAACGUGCAGCGUAUCGUCUAGUCCUUCAAGAUAUAUACAGCUUCCUACAAAUUUGAUGCAUUACGCACCUCUACAAUAUUGGUGUGAAGGAAACUACCUCUCACAUUACUCUGACUGGACAAUACGCCACAAUAUUCUACACCCUUUCUCAGGUAAACACAAGUCAUCAUCAGUGGAGUUGCUGGUGAAGGCUGUACUGACCGACCAGUCUCAGUUCAGUCACUCCGUUUUCUUCUUCACAGAUGGCACCACCUCUGCAUCUACUAUAUUUACUAUAAUAGAUCAUCUAGACAUCCCAGCAGGUGUUGGGACAUUUGAGGCAGAAGUGAGUGUCCUGGACGUCAACAAGACGGAUACUCAAGUGUCACAAGUGAUCCCCCAUGCUAGGAGAAUACGUCAACUCUCAUCAUACACUACAAUUGUUGUGAUAAGCGAUGAACUCGAAUUCGUGGGUUCGUUCGUGAAGUGGUCCCUGAAGGGUCGGCUGGCGGUGUGGUCGACGAGGCUCCUCACUGUCACCCGACUAACAUUAGCGCACCUCCAGUCCUACUACACCUCUCUCUCCAAGAUGAAUGAAAUGCUGCUCAUCAUCACCGAUAGCCAAGCAGGCUUAAGGUGCAAUAUGUACGUACAUUUGCCAUUCAGUCCCCAAGAAACGCUACCAUUACGAGUGGGCUACUGGACGCCCCAGCGAGGUCUCCUUCUUACCUCUCAUCUCCCUCUUUUUCCUGAAAAAUUCUCCAAAUUCGUUCACCAGCCUCAUUUACUGGCGGCGUCAGAGGAGAGUCCAUUUCAUAGGAUGAUAAUAACUGAUGAUCCUGUGACUCCUGGGAAACAGAUAUUUCACUUCGGAGGACCCAUGGGGGACCUGCUGGACUAUCUGGCUGAAGCUCUCAACUUCUCUUACUCUAACGUCCGACCUCCUGAUGGAGUCUGGGGCUCUAAGCUUGGUAACGGCUCAUGGACCGGAAUGAUGAGGAUGGUCAUGACAGAGGAAGUCGCCAUUGCUGUUGGCCCAUUCAUGAUACGUCAAGAUCGAGCUGAAGUAGUGGACUUCACUGCCUCAAUAUUUGUAGACUACUGGAGGAUCUUGGGUGCUCGAGGUGUUCCUGAGGAGGACCCCUGGGGUUUCAUAUUCCCUCUGGAGCCGCUGGUGUGGGCGGCCAUCUUGGCUGUGAUGCUAGUGCUUGCGACCGCAAUAUUUCUCAUGAACUUGUGGUUCUCAUACAAGUACAUUGUUCAAGGCAUUUGGUUACAGGUCAUAUUCGACUACCUACGAAUAUUAUUGCAGCAAGAUUUGUCUGUACCGGUGUACUGGUGGUGGGAACGUAUAUUGUUGGUGGUGUGGAUGAUGGGAACGCUAGUGUUAACACGGAGCUACUCAGGCAACCUUAUGGCCCUCCUGACAGUGAGACACAUAGCACAGCCUUACCAGUCCCGGCAACAGGUGCUGGAUGACACUUCCGUUACAAUGAUAUGGAUGGUAGGCUCCGGUCUGGAAGAAGUUUUGCAGUCAGCUGAAUCAGGUUUAUAUCGUGAGAUGGCCGACGCGGAGAGGACCGGGCGUCUUAUAUGGAGAACACAAGCUCAGUUUCCUGAACUUAUGGACUCUUUGGUGAAGCAGGGUGACCACGUCCUAAUACAGGUUGACAAUGCCAUGAAGGCAUUGAUCUCUCAGGACUUUACGAGGACAGGCGAAUGUUCAUUUUACGCUUCGAAAGAGACGUUUUUGCCUUUUGUCUUUGGUAUGAUUGCCCCUCUGGACAAUCCAAUCAUCCCAGCUCUUAAUAAAAGAAUUAUGCUGAUGACGGAGGCUGGACUGUUCUUCCAGUGGAUGAAAUCUGCAGACCCGAACUCCACUGUGUGUAACCACGCCCCGACCAAGAUCACAGUCAAGACCAGACUAGCUAUGAGUAAUGUUUGGGGAAUGUUCGUCAUCCUUAUUGCUGGAUACGCUGUCGGUCUAUCAAUACUCUGUGUUGAAUAUCUGACAGCCAACAUUAAACAUAUCUGA